AUGGAAGUGAGAGAGAGAGAGAGAGAAGCAGAAAGUGAGAUGACAUGGAUUAAUUGCUCUAUCGCCUGGUGUCUGCCUGUCUAUGCGCCCUAUUGUCGUUUCGUUGAGACUGCUGCUCCUCAGUUUUGA